AUAGUGUUUUGUUUCAGUUACCUUUUCUUUAUAUUAUUCCGUAGUGUUUUGUUGUUUGUUUACUUUUUCUAAUAUGGAUAAUAAAACAGACUUGCACUUGCAUCCUGCCUCCUCUCCGUUACACAUUCAGAUUCAGACACCUCGAGAGAUAGGCAAAAGGGAGGGGCGCGGGGGCGUAGCGGGGGACACGCAGCACGCUUUAUUAGGAAAAAAAAGAAGCGCAGUACACGACCGGGCGGCGCUUCAGCCGACUAGCAGAGACCCCAGAGGAGUUUGAAGAUGCCGUGGGAGUAGAGCGGUUAGAGUUAGCUCAGGUUAGAGCAACUGCCCUUCAAGAUUCCUGUGCACAUCCCUGUACUCUAGAGUUUCAUUAAAUGACUCUCACGCUUGCUGGAUGCUUCUUUAGGUCGUCACUUCCUCUAUGCCACUUCCACUUACAGUGGCGAUUUCUCUGACUGACAGUACAAUACAAUUUACUGUGGUUAAGCUGGAAAGAAAAAGCAUAUUAUAGAAUAUACAUGCAGUGCAUGUGAUUAGCAUGAGCUGCACGUGAAAAUCCCAAGGUUUUCUACCUCAUUUGCUGGUAGCCGUUUCCUCGAUUCUAAUGCUGCCUUCAAGUCACGUCAGAAAUAUCUUUAUAUGUCCUAUCAAAAUAGUCAUUUAUUUGCAGAAAAUGAGAAAUGGAUGAAACAACUAAAAAGAUGCAGAGCUUUCAGACCUUAAAUAAUGCAAACAUCAAUAUGCAAGUUCAUAUUAAUAAAGUUUUAAAGGUCCAAAAAUCAUUAUGUGGUGGAAUAACCCUGGUUUUUCAAUCACAGUUUUCAUUCAUCUUGGCAUUUUCUCCUCCACCAGUCUUACACACUGCUUUUGGAUAACUUUAUGCAGCAAAUCUUCCAAAAUAAUAUUUGAUAAUAGAAGUACAAUGAAGUACAUUUAAUCUGGGGUUUUGUUUGUUGAGACUUUUAGAUGCUAGAUGAUUAUUUCAGCUGACUUCAGCCACACCUAUUUAUUUGAAAUCCAAAGACAUACCUGAAAACCCCAACCUUAUAACCUUGGAAAUUCCAAUGCAGAACGUUCAGUUUCAGAUUCAGUGUUGCACUGUUGGCACUGCCUCCGACUGCGAGUGCUUAUAUAUGGCCAUACAUUGAGUGUACUUUCAGUUCAGUUGUAUCAGGUUGCUGAAGGCAGAGUGGUAAGUAAAAUAAUUUUACAGUCUUAUAAUGCUAAGCUAAUAUAAUACACACAGAUGCUGUUGCACAGUUUUAAAGCUACUCAAAUGUGCUUGUUCCAUAUAGAAUUUUUACUGUGUGCAAUGGAGAAAGAAAAGCAGGGCAGUUCUGAAGAUGUUUCUUCUUUUGGUGAAAGCAGUAAACCACUGGAGGGGCUGUUCCACAGCCAUUUAGAGGAGAGGGUUCGUCCUUUAAUCGACCUGAUUGAUUCUCUGAGGCAGCUUGGUAUUGAAGAAGAUUUAGCUCUACCAAGUAUAGCAGUGAUUGGAGAUCAGAGCUCUGGGAAAAGCUCAGUGUUGGAGGCUUUAUCUGGAGUGGCCUUACCUCGAGGAAGUGGUAUUGUUACCAGAUGCCCUCUAGAGCUCAAGCUGAGGAAGCUCAAAGGUGGAGUUCAAUGGCGAGCUACCAUAUCUUACAGAGAUGAGUACAUUGAGUUUGAUGACCCGUCCUUGGUUGGAACUUAUGUUGAAGAAGCCCAGAAUGAACUGGCUGGAGAUGGAGUUGGAAUUUGUGAUGAUCUCAUCACACUGGAGAUCAUGUCUCCUGAAGUGUGUGAUCUUACACUGAUCGAUCUCCCUGGAAUCGCCAGAGUUCCUGUGAAAGGUCAGCCUGACGAUAUUGGAGAUCAGAUUAAAAGUCUCAUACGAAAUUUUAUUGAGAAAGACCAAACCAUCAACUUAGUGGUGGUCCCAUGCAACGUGGACAUUGCAACCACAGAGGCACUCAGAAUGGCACAAGAAGUGGACCCUGAGGGAAAAAGAACUCUGGCCAUUCUAACUAAGCCAGACCUUGUUGACAAAGGAACAGAGAAAAACGUACUGGAUAUAGUCAAAAAUCAGGUUAUCCCUUUAAGUAAGGGAUACAUCAUUGUUAAAUGCCGUGGCCAGAAGCAAAUUGAUGAUAAGGUCUCUCUGGCGGAGGCUACUCGAGUGGAGAAAGAAUUCUUCAAACGUCAUGAAUACUUCAGAUGCCUUUUGAAUGAAGAGAAAGCAACAAUUCAGUGUCUCGCCACCAAACUGACUCAAGACCUGGUCGACCACAUCAAAAAAUCACUGCCUCUGCUUUCAGAGCAGAUAAAGAAGCAGCUGUGGGACUGUAGAAAGGAGAUGGGUCAGUGUGAACCUGGCCCACCACUUGAUCCACAAAAGAGGAAAGACUUCUUAAUUACAAUCAUGAUGAAAUUUAAUGACAAGAUUAACCGCCUGUCGACUGGAGACGCAGGUAAUAAUGACAACUUGUUUGUUGAGCUCCGGUCAGAGUUCAGAAAGUGGAAGGAACAUCUUGACAGCACAAAAACCUCAUUUCACGAGACGGUCCAGACAAUAAUGAAAGAAUACGACCAGAAAUACAGAGGAAGAGAGCUGCCUGGCUUCAGCGAUUAUAAUGUGUUUGAGACGGUGGUGCAGAUACUUGUGGUCAAACUGAAGGGACCGGCUAUUGAGACACUCAGGAUCAUCAAAGAAACAAUCCAGAAACAGUUCUCAGAGGCAUCCAGAGCCUGCUUUAACAACUACCCUUUCCUCCAGUGUGUUGCAACGAACAAAAUAGAAAACAUUCAGUCAAAGCAAGAAGCCAAAGUGGAGCAGAGGAUCCUGGAGCAAUUUGAGAUGGAGGAACUGGUCUAUACUCAGGAUGGAAUCUACUUUAAAACAAUGAAUGAAACACAGCUUGUUAUGGAUGGGCAGAAAGCUUCAGAGGAUAAUUGUGCUAACCUUGACAGCAGAAGCAAUUACCCUGAUAUGCUGAAAGCCUAUUAUGAGAUCGUAGUGCAGCGAUUGGCCGACCAGGUGCCCAUGCUAAUCCGAUACUUCAUGCUGAAGGAAUCAACUCAUCUGCUCUGCAAAGAGAUGCUGGGGUUGCUGGAUGGAGCCAAUGUUGUUGAGGCUCUGCGGGAGGAGUCAGAAGUCAGCAGACGUCGUAUCACCACUCAGAACCGCGUGGACCGUCUCACCAUCGCUCAAGAGAAGCUCAGCAACUUUGUUUAAAGAAGAGAUUUGAUCCGAGUUAGCACUUUAGGUGCACCAAUGUUUAUUACAGUACAUUUGUAUGUCAGAAAAGUACUGUGCUUAUUUUUAUAUAUAUAUAUAUAUAUUAACAUAUAAUACAAACACACAUGAUAGUUGUUUUAACACACAAUAUUCUGUCUGAGGAUUUAUUCUAAUAAACGAUUCUAUUGUAAUUUUAUAAUAAUUCAUGCCACUAAAAUAAUGAUACACAGCUCUGAUUUUACCAAAUUGAAAACCUCUGGAAUAUAAUCAAGAGGACAAUGGAUAAUCACAAGCCAUCAAACCAAGCUGAACUCCUUGAUUUUUUGCCCCAGGAGUGGCAUAAAGUUAUCCAAAAGCAAUGUGUAAGACUGGUGAAGGAGAACAUACCAAGAUGCAUGAAAACUCUUAAAACUUUAUGAAUAUGAACUUGUUUUCUUUGCAUUAUUUGAGGUCUGAAAGCUCCGCAUCUUUUUUUGUUAUUUUAGCCAUUUCACUGCAAGUUAUAGUAGUUGAUAACAACGCAUUAUGCAGUUUUUUGUGCAUCUAAAACCCACAGAAACAUGUCCACAGAUAAAAGUUAGAUAGUACUGUGUAUGAUUGAUUUUAUAUACUCAAAUACAUGUAAGUGCUAAUAAACUGUAUACUACUACUGUUUUUACUACUGUUGAUAUUAGGGUUGCCACCCGUCCCGUAAAAUCCGGAAUCAACCUUUAUUUGGCAACUAAAUGUUUCGCCCUGUAUUGAACCAUUACAGGACUCCAUUUGUUCCAUAUUUACCAUUUACCAUAUGUUCCAGUAUUGCUGAUAGAUAACUAUACCAAUACUUUUUAAUAUUUAAGCUUUAUAGAUCCAAAGGAUCCAAAAGACCCAGGAUAGAAUUGCCAAACAUUG